CUUUUCGAGGCGAUUCAAGGGACGCGUAUCACAAACAAUCUCUGCCAUUGAUCCUGAGGCGUUUUGCUCCCAUAUACCCCAGCAUCUCUUGAUGAUCAUCUAAGCACACAAGAGAUCGUGCCAACCAUGUUCGCCGUGGUGCUCGCCUAUAUAUUCUUACUAUGGUACGCGGUUAUGCUCACGGCCGCGCUUUGUGGUUUUUACAGCAUCUACGCAAAUUUCGACGCGCCGCCCGACCCGCCACUUCCGCAGGCGCAUGGCCCUGAAUUGCAUGGUUCCGCAUCAUGUGACCCCGACUCAUGUGACCCCAUAUUGCAGGACCCAGAAGCUGCCGCGGCUAGUGCAGUGCUUGAGCCCGUGACGAUUAUACGUCCCGUAAAGGGCCUCGAUCCAGAGCUCACAUCGUGUCUCGAGCUGUCGUUUCUACAGAGCUACCCCGCAAACAAGCUCCAGAUCAUUUUUUGCGUGGCGGACGCGCACGACCCGGCCAUUCCCGUGUUGCAAGGCUUGUUGGCCAAGUACCCACACAUCGACGCACAGAUCUUGGUGCUGGCGCCCGACGGCGACCACUUCGGCCCCAAUCCCAAGGUCAACAACUUGGCCAAGGGCUUCCUCGCCGCGGCGCACGACCUAGUGUGGAUCAUGGACCUGAACGUGUGGGCCUCGCAGCAUCUCUUGGCGAAUUCUGCCGCCGCCAUGGCCCACAAUACCAACUGCGGCACGCGCCUCGGGAAAACGGGGCGCCGGGUCAAAUUGGUGCACCACGUGCCGCUCGCCUUGGCUCUUGGGCGCAAACCCAUGGGCACGGGCAGCCUCUUGGACGAGAUGUUCCUCUUCACCUCGCACCUGAAGUUCUACGUAAGCUUGAACAACUUGUCUAUCGCGCCCUGUGUCAACGGCAAAUCCAACUUGUAUCGUCGCUCGGACUUGGACUUUGCUGUGCUGCAGAUACCGCUCCGGCACUCUCCGUUCUUCUGUGACCCUCAUGUGGUGCUGGAUGCUCGCCAGGUUUCGCGCAAAGGUCCUGGCCACGCCAUGGAGUUUUUUGCCAAGUACAUUGGCGAGGACAACAUGAUUGCCAUUGCUCUCUGGGAGUUCUGCGCGGGCAGAACGGCGCUUACGGGCGACAUAGUCAUUCAGCCGCUAGCGGCGCAGAACCCGGCGUCAUCUGUGCGCGAGUACUGUAACCGGAGGGUGCGUUGGCUUCGGGUGCGUAAGUAUAUGGUGCUCGCCGCCACGCUCGUUGAACCCACAACCGAGUCACUUGUUUGUGGCCUUAUGGGCACAUACGCCCUUUCAAAGCUCUUUUGGGGACGUUUGUUUAGCCUCGAAUUUUUUGCUUUUCAUAUGGCGUGUUGGUUCGUUUGUGACUACACACAGUAUCAUAUCUGGGCUCAAAAUAUCACUGCCACUCUUCACGGGCCUCUGUGGUUACGGGGCAUUGACCCGUCUUUGCGGUCCAAAUGGCAAUGGCUCAAAAUUUGGAUCAUGAGGGAGUUACUUGCUUUGCCCAUAUGGCUCGCCGCAAUGGUGGGCCAUGAAAUCGAGUGGAGGGGAAAGCCCUUUAUGAUCAAGAAAGACCUAUCCGUAGAGGAGUUGUAGACUUGGCUGUGAUGCUAUAGACUUAUGUGAGAAAAAACGCGCUGAGAUUUAUAUUGGGUACGCUUUUUGGUCUUAAUGUUUGGGAAUCCUUGGUACCGUCUGCACAUGUAUACAUAUAUAUCCAUAAUGACCGCUGCAUCUUGUAUUAUGUUGCUGAAUGUCUGACUUUGUUAGAUCUUUCGACAGGCAGUACCUUAGGCGCGCAAGACAUUGGUUCCUAGCAUGCGCCCUUUGCUUG